AUGAGCGUGUGCGCCUUCCUCGGGCAGCUGUUCCCGCGGAGCGCCCGCAGGAACGGCGGCGAGCUCAGGUGCAUGCGGCGGGGCUUGUCCCUCCUCGACUCCCGCUGGAAGGCCGACGUGGACAGGAAGAGGAAGGCCACCUUCGCCUCCGAGGACAAGGGGAUGGUGGAUGCGGUGCUGAUGGGGGGUUUCUACCUUCCCUCGGACUCGUUCGCGAUGGUCGUGGAGUACCUGGACCACGGCACCGCGGUCCGGUCUACCCCGUCCUCCAAGUCGUGGUGGCGCACUAUUUCAGGCCUUCCCCCGGCUUCCCAUAUCGAUACAAACAUCGGCAAGCGGCUCCCCUGGGGGGAACUCGUGACGCAGCUCAAGACCAUCAAGGCGUCCAACCCCCUGCGCGCCGUGGCCCGCGUUACUCUCGGGUGCCGGACCAAGCUAGGGAGCUUCCACAACCUCGGCAAGGUCGUGGGCGGCGUUGGGCUGACCCACCUCGACCUCACGCGCAGCUGGGGCGCGAAGAAGCUCGAUUUCGCCGCCCUGGCCAAGGCGCUGCCCACCCUUAGGGGGCUGGCGGGGAGCAAAGAAGCGAGGGGGGAGAAGAGAAAGGGGUACCGCCGCGUACCUUACAAUAUGGUUUCGUGGGGACUCUCGCUGUGA